ACCUGGCUUGAACCACUCCCCAGCUGGACGACGAGCGCACCUCCAGCGCCGCCAUGCUGAUGGCCAAGAACGACGAGAUCCACCGUCUGGAGGAGAUGAUGCAGCACCAGCUGCAGGAGUACCAGGACCUGAUGGACAUCAAGGUGGCGCUCGACGUCGAGAUCGCCGCCUACCGCAAGCUGCUGGAGUCGGAGGAGGCCAGGCUGAACCUGUCGCCGGGCGGCCGGCACGUGGUGGGGGUGGUGGAGCGCGGCUCGCGCGCGCGCUCCACGCCGUCCGGCGGCCGCUCCGGCAAGAGGCGCCGCACCGUGAUGGAGUCGGAGGAGGCCUCCUCCGUCGGCUUCGCCGUGGCCAACACCUGCCACGGCGACGUUCGAGAUCAUCGACGAAUCCCCGAGGGCAAGUUCGUCAAACUGCACAACAAGUCAAACAAGGAGGUGUCGCUGGGCGGCAUGCAGCUGGUGCGCAAGGCGGACGACAACGAGACGGACUACAAAUUCCACCGCUCCAUCAAGCUGGGGCCGGGCGAGGAGACCACCGUCUGGGCGUCCGAGGCCGGCCAGACGCACGACGCGCCGCACGUGCUCGUCAUGAAGGGCCAGACCUGGUUCGUGGCCGAUAAGAUGACUACCACCCUGUUCGACAUGGAAGGCGAGGAGAUCGCCCAGCGCGUCUCGCAGCGCGAGAACCGCUCGGCCAGCUUCUCCACACGCCGGCAGCAGACUCUGGCCUCCAGCUCCGAGCAGGUGGAGGGCGGCGCUGAUGACUCGCGCGGCAGCGACUGGAGCCUCCUGAACAUCUUCGGCGGCCGCCGCGCCCUGCGUCAGUAACCGGCCCGAGUCGGCGAUCGACCGGCCGCCCACGGCGCCGGCAGCAGACCGCGCCAACCGGUCCCACCGCUCGUAGCACGCCUACUACGCCCGGCCGUCACUGCCAGCCCCCGGCCGUGAGCGCACCGCCACGCUGACAGGCCAGCCGACGGACCGUCCGUCUGUCCGUCUGCCAGCUGCUGCCAGCCGCUUCGCCCCGCUAACGGCGCGCGUUUCAUCUUUUAGAUGUCUUUGUCCUGCGUUGUAGUGACCGCUUCACCGCGAGUCCGGCGUUAGCGCCCCUCCGGUCGCUUGGUGCCCGCCCGGCCCCCGCCGCCCGGGCGGGCUGGCUUGGUGCUGCCUCUGCCUCCGCCUCCGCGCGCGCGCGCUGCUCGUCAUCCGUGUGUACGUCAUCACCCGCGCGCCCCAUAUUCCCGCUGAGGAUAUGUACAAAGUUUGACCGACCCUCCGUGGUCUGUAGGUGUAGGUGGUGCUGGGGAAGCCGCGGCCCUUCCCCUCUGGCCUGUCGGGGGCGACCGCUGACCCCGUCUGACCUGUCUGGAGAGGCCAGUGGCGCCCCUCGACUGGACGGGGGUGAAGGGUCGCGGCCAGCCGACACCCA